AUGUAUCUGUACGAAUACGGUCACAAAUGCCCCCAACCAAACCAGCGUUGUGUUUAUGUAAGCUACCUCGACUCAGUGUACUAUUUUCGUCCUCGCCAAUAUCGAACUAUGGUCUAUCAUCAAAUGCUCAUUGCAUAUCUUGCGCACGUGAAGCAACGAGGCUUCCACACAGCACACAUCUGGGCGUGUCCACCUUGCAAAGGCGAUGAUUACAUAUUCUUCUGUCAUCCAGAGGACCAGAAGACGCCCAAAGAUGACCGGUUGAGAUCCUGGUACAUAACACUGUUGGAGAAAGCAAAAGAAGAAGGAACAGUGACGCAUAUUACCAACCUAUGGGAUGAGCAUUUCAAGUCUGACCACGACGCCACUCUAGUUCCUUAUUUUGAAGGCGAUUAUUGGCCAGGCGAGGCGGAAAAUGUCAUCAAGGCCCUUGAAGACGAGGCCAACGAGCGUACCGACACAAAAUCACGCAAAGCUGCUAGUUCAGUGAAAUCAAAAGCCAAGGGACGAACAAAUCGAGGCCUUCGCUCAGAUGGGACCUUGGAAGAGGAGUGCGGUCAGGAUGCUCUCAUUCUUCGUAUGGGAAAGAUACUUGAGCCCAUGAAGGAUGCCUUUAUCGUUGCCUAUUUAGCUCCUCGAGAUUUUGCACGCGCGAUGGCCCAUCGCUUUGCCUCAGAAGAAAAGCUCAAGUGUGAUUCUAUAGAUCACAAGGCGAUCCAAAUUUUGCCGUCUGAGGUACCGGAUGCCGCCGGAAAUACCAAUUCAGGGGAAAAUCGCAAAUCUAGUGAUCGAGGGCCCGCUGGUGAAGAUGCUAAGCCACUCAUGGACAAGGGCAAAAGUGGGUUAACCAGUGAUAAAGACCUGUCCGCUGUGGAUGAGACAGCAGAAUCUGCUAGCCCUGGUACCAAGGCGCUGGAGUCAAAGCUUGGAGCAGGAACAAAAUGCUCGACUCUCGAUGCUCUAUCUGACUCAUCAAAUCGCAGAGGUGGUGCAUUUGACGAGACAGAGGAUACUGACGAGAUCAUUGAGUCUGAGUUUUAUGACACUCGCCAGCAAUUUCUGAAUUUAUGCCAAGGUAAUCACUAUCAAUUUGAUGACCUUCGUCGUGCAAAGCACACCUCAAUGAUGUCUCUCUACCAUCUUCACAAUCCAGAUGUGCCAAAAUUCCUUGUUACAUGUUCAAAUUGCAACAUGGACAUCAAUUUGGGCUAUUGCUAUAACUCUGAGAAGGAUCCGGAGUUUCACCUUUGUCAGGAUUGCUAUCAAAAGACGCAUAAGGUGUUCGCUGACAAGUCCCCGUUUCGAAGGUCACUUGUAGGCGGUGACUCUCAGGCUCAGCUUACGGAGGAACAACGUCGAGAUCGACAACGCUCAAUUCAAUUGCACAUGCAGCUUCUGCAGCAUGCUUCUGGUUGUCGAAACCAACAGUGUCCCUCGGCCAAUUGCAACAAGAUGAAGAAUCUUCUUAAACAUGGUGCAACAUGUAUGACACGAGUUCAGGGCGGAUGUGCCAUUUGUCGGCGCAUCUGGGCACUAUUGCAAAUUCAUGCACGUCAGUGUCGGCGUGACACAUGCAUGGUUCCAAAAUGCAGGCAAUUGAAAGAGCAGCUUCGAGCACUAGCUCAGCAGCAGGCCCAAAUGGAUGAACGACGUCGGGCUGCAAUGAAUGCUGCUUAUAGGAUGACUCCCAACAAAUGAACCCCAGAUGAUUGACGGUAUGAUGAGCUAGGCGCUUGUCGCUUUUGCAAGAGAUGCGCUGCCGGAAGGCUGGUGGCCGAGGGCCGCAUGGGGUCUGGCGACAGAUCUGCUUGGCGCUCGAGUGACACACUGCGGUGCAUGCACAGUGUGAAGAUUGUGUUGGAACCUGCGUAUGCUAGUAUCCUACCCAGCAUAGCAUGGCCAGCACAAGGCACACCCAGCAUGACCGAGCAGAGCAUAGCCAGCAUAGGCUAGUAUGAGCGCCCCUGUAUAGGGAGGACAGCAUAGUCCCGAUUGGGGCUACAGAGAGAACAACAGGCACCUGGUGUCUUUUUUAUAGCUAGAUUUGGGGGUUGUCCUGACGGUUUAGGCGCCAAAUUGCUCACGGCGUUUUUUACGUGACGGCCCAAAAUGCAGUCGAACUUAAAAACGCAGUCGCGGGGAUCGUAGGCGCGCGCAAAAAGCCAUAUCGCAGGAAACUUUAGCUAAGCUAUUCUCCGU